AUACAUUUGUAAGAGCAAUUAGCUCGUUACAGAGAAAAAACAAACAAACACAAAAAAAAAAACAUGGCAGCUCAAGCCUCGGGUCUCUUUAGCUCCGCCGUGACAACCGCCGCUACCUCCGGCGUAAAAAAGCUCCACCUUUUCACGACAUCCCACCGUCCAAGAUCCCUCUCCUUCCCCAAAACCGCAAUCCGCGCCGAGAAAGCAGACUCCGCCGCCGCCGCCCCCGCCGCCGCCGUGAAAGAAGAAGCUCCGGUGGGAUUCACGCCGCCGCAGCUAGACCCGAACACGCCGUCUCCGAUCUUCGCGGGAAGCACGGGCGGUCUUCUCCGCAAGGCCCAGGUGGAGGAGUUCUACGUCAUCACGUGGAACUCGCCGAAGGAGCAGAUCUUUGAGAUGCCGACGGGAGGCGCGGCGAUCAUGAGGGAAGGUCCGAACUUGCUGAAGCUGGCGAGGAAAGAGCAGUGCUUGGCCUUGGGGACGAGGCUUAGGUCCAAGUACAAGAUUAACUACCAGUUCUACAGGGUGUUCCCUAACGGUGAGGUUCAGUAUCUUCAUCCUAAAGAUGGGGUUUAUCCGGAGAAGGCGAAUGCGGGAAGGGAAGGUGUUGGUCAGAACAUGAGAUCUAUUGGGAAAAAUGUUAGUCCCAUUGAAGUUAAGUUCACUGGGAAACAAAGUUAUGAUUUGUAAGUUGUGGAAACUUAAAAUGUGAAAAAAACAAAACUCAUGUGGAUGUGACUAUGUUUGGUUUUAAUUUUUAAUGGGGUUCAUCUUAAUAAUUUUCUCGUGUUAUAUUUUGUUGUUAUUGUUGUUAUGUGAAUUUUGGUGUGGUAAUUGUUAGUAAGUUUAUA